AUGACUACCACUACUGGGCCAAAUGGGCAGUCUAAGCCCUCCGCAUUGACAUUUGAGCGGCACGCGAAGUGCUCGACCACAAAAGCUCGCGCGAGCACACUUAUCCUCCCUCAUGGCUCUGUUCCUCUCCCGAUUUUCAUGCCUGUCGCGACACAGGCAUCUCUUAAAGGCCUGACUUACGACCAAUUGCGGGAUACUGGAUGCAUGCUGUGUCUCAAUAAUACCUACCACCUCGGAUUAAAACCCGGUCAGGAAGUUUUGGACUCAGUUGGUGGUGCGCACAAGUUGCAAGGAUGGGAUCGGAAUCUCUUGACCGAUAGUGGAGGUUUCCAGAUGGUGUCUCUGCUUAAGCUGGCUACUGUGACAGAGGAAGGUGUGCGGUUUCUCAGCCCCCACGAUGGCGAACCAAUGCUUCUCACUCCCGAACACUCUAUUGGACUUCAGAACUCAAUUGGCUCAGAUAUCAUCAUGCAAUUAGACGAUGUCAUUGCUACUACCUCCCCUGAUCAUGCCCGGAUUAAAGAGGCCAUGGAGCGCUCUGUGCGAUGGUUGGAUCGCUGCAUUGAUGCGCAUAAAUACCCCGAAAGGCAAAAUCUCUUCUGUAUCAUCCAGGGAGGCCUAGAUUUGGAGCUACGGAAACAGUGUUGCGAGGAAAUGGUGGCCCGAGAUACCCCUGGAAUCGCCAUUGGUGGUUUGUCGGGAGGUGAGGACAAACAGGAGUUCUGCAAGGUUGUGGAUACUUGCACUGGACUUCUUCCCGAAAACAAGCCUAGAUACGUUAUGGGAGUGGGAUAUCCCGAAGAUAUUGUCGUUGCAGUCGCUCUUGGAGCUGAUAUGUUUGAUUGUGUGUGGCCAACAAGAACCGCGCGUUUCGGACAAGCAAUCCUCACGUCCGGCACAAUAAACUUGCGCCAUAAAUCUUUUGAGGCAGACUUUUCUCCAAUUGAAGAGAGAUGUACCUGCACAUGCUGUCUUCCUGCCGACAAAGGAGGUCUCGGCCUCACCAAGGCCUACAUGCACCAUGUCACCGCGAAGGAGACAGUUGGUGCUCAUUUACUCACAAUGCAUAACGUCCAUUUUAUGUUGACCUUGAUGGGGAGAGUGCGGCAAGCUAUUCUCGAAGACAGUUACCCAGCUUUUAUUCGCGAAUUCUUCUCCAAAAUCUAUCAAGGCGACAAGUCAAAGUACCCUGAAUGGGCAGUUGGUGCGCUGAAGGGUGUUGGGAUGGACUUGUUGGAAGACUAG